AUGAUCGCUAUACCGAUGGCUAGUGAGAAGCCCAUCCAUCUCACAUCUGUGGAACCAGAAGCCGCCUCACCUGGUCGCAGCAGUUCUCCCGCGCUAUCCUCAUCAUCCUCAUCGUACUCCUCUACUGCUCUCUCGCCAGCUUCGUGUUCCUCUUCUCAGUCUUCAGCAACUGCAUACUCACCAGUCACCUCAUCACCUUCAGAAGACUAUCACCAUUCUUCUGCUACUAACAUGCUCAAAGUGGCUACACAACCAGCGGUAUACCCAACCGUGCCUACGAUAGCACCACCCCUAACACCCAUUGCGCCCAUCCGGACCCAAGUUGGCCCUAAUAUCAACAAGAGGCCGAAGCUCUCCUUACAGACCGCAUGUGUUCCAGUUACGUUUGGAAAAUCAACGACUGCUUUAUCUCUAGCUGUUUCGACUACUAGUUGCCAAUCCCCUACUAACAGGAACACCUUCAAAAACGCCUACGAAACUUUUCACCGUGGCAACUCUCCAAUAUGCCGCUCGCCGCUGAGAGGGCCCUCGAGAGCCCGUCAGCGUGCGCCUUCAUCACCCGCACGAGCUGGCCCUGUCCGUGCUGCUGCUGAGCCUCCAUACAAACUCCCAAAGGGCAUCCGAGGCAUCCUAAGGAACUCACCCAUACCAUCGCCUGCUCAGGCUGAACAGCAACAACCUCUUUUAGCUCCCACCAUAUAUAAGGAUGCGUCUACCGGAAGCCCGGGGGUGACUUCCCCUAACUCAAACUUGCGUAUAUCAACAUCAUCUACAAAGCGAGUGAAUUAUCGAUACCCACUUGACGAGGUAAUAAAAACUGUCAAAUUUACUGCGAAACACUCUGAUAUAGAGUCCAUGGACGCCUCCCAAACCAGCUCUCCACCCGAUGCAUACUCGUAUAGCUCGUCUGAGGAAGAUUCAGACUCAAGUGACUCGGUGUCCGGCGGAUCCACCCCGUCGGACGAUGGAUCAGAGAAUGCACCAAAGUCGCCAAAGAGAACAAGAAAGCAAACUCGAUCGAAACACAAGACUUUUCGAAGUGAGCGACAGAUACUAGCUGUGGGAGUACGAGAUGGCUUAUUACCCUCGCGUGAGGAUUCUCUCCCUCCUCAAACACCGAUACAUCAACGGACUGUCCAAAGGGAAUGGAGAUGGACCCUGGGCCCGAUCAGAGACGGUUAUGCCCAACCUUCCAGCCCCCCAAACUCAGACCGUGCCACGCCCCCCAUUCAGCCAUCACACGAAGCACCCUCUACACCUCGAAACGAAAAGGGAAAUACCGAUAUCGGCCGAGGAUUCGCUGACAUGACCCCCCCGCCAUCACAAGAUCCCGGAGCAUGUUCAAGUCCGAUUGUCAAACCGGGGUCUUUAAGGUUGAGAUGCUAA